GCGAGCGGCUGUGCAGCGCGGAGGAGGCCACGGCUGGCAGCGGGACUUACACUCGGCACGGCUACAUCUUCUCCUCGCUGGCUGGCUGCCUGGAGAAGAGGAGUGAGGAUGGUGGGCUGCCCGUUGUGUCUGUGGUGAGAGAUGCUGAGUCCCAGCUCCUGCCUGACGUGGGAGCCGUGGUGACGUGCAAGGUUUGCAGCAUUAACUCCCGCUUUGCCAAGGUGCACAUCCUGUAUGUCGGCUCCACGCCGCUGAAAUCCACCUUCCGGGGGACCAUACGAAGAGAAGAUAUUCGAGCUACAGAGAAAGAUAAGGUAGAAGUGUACAAGAGUUUCCGCCCCGGUGACAUAGUCCUGGCCAAAGUCAUCUCCCUGGGGGAUGCACAGUCCAACUACCUGCUGAGCACGGCAGAGAAUGAGCUGGGCGUGGUGGUGGCACGCAGCGAGGCAGGGGUGCAGAUGGUGCCCAUCAGCUGGUGUGAGAUGCAGUGCCCACGGACACACACCAAGGACUUCCGUAAGGUGGCCCGUGUGCAGCCCCAGUUCCUGCAGACCUAGCAGCCCCCAAGAGGGCGCAGGGACCCUGCAGGGCCAGGGGCUGCUGGACUGGGGUC